AUGAGAUAUUCAGAUAUUGAUAUCGAGGAUAAAAGAGAUUCUCUUUAUUUCGAUGCGGUUGAAAACCAGGAGCAAAUUAACGGUUACGAGUACAGAAAAGCAAUGCCGGAAAUCGCGUUUUCAGCCUCGGGAAUCAACCCUUUCCGCGCGGCUGUGAGAAAAGUUAAGAAACUCACGGGUGGUCCAAAGUUGAUAUUCAUAUGGCCGCAAAAGUCAUCGCAUUACGGACGAGUGAAAAGCUUUGUUGUGCCUGUGGUCCGUGGACUGCUCUACGGCCUCGUCGUGCUGGACAUGUUGCACCUCUGGCCGGGUGAGUUCAUGCCCAACAGUUUGCCCUCAACACUGCCGCCGCCCUUGCGACCUGUCAAGUGCAAUGUGAUCGAGCCUCUGUGGUCCGAGAAUUCGUAGAUUUUAG